AAUGGAAACAACUACAAAUCCAUUUCAAGUUUUUACUCAUGGCGAUUGGAUCUUUUAUGAUUUAUUUGAAGAAUACUCUUCGCUUAUCUCCGCUCAAAGAUCCUCCAUUAUCGUUCCAUUCAACGUGAAUGGAGAUGGAGACGUAACAUCAAACUUCUUUUUCGACGUUAUCAUAUCAAUUCUGCAAAAAAAUUUGAAACCAAAUUGGAAGCCUUAUGUGCUAUUUUUAGGAUUUCAACAGUCAAAAAUCGAUGAGAAAUUGUUGGAUGAGAAAAUUCAUUCUCUCAUCAAUUCAAAGGUAGAAAGCCUAGGAAAAUUGAUAGAGAAAUUGACGAGCGCCGACGAAUUAUCCAACAUGGAAUUCAAUGAUCAGAAUAAUCUACACAACCUAAUUGGACUGUGGGAAUUAUUAAGAAAAAUGGCGGAGAAUGGGGAAAAGAAUUGGAAAUUUAUAGACUCAAAGAAGAUAGGGAAUAAAGAGCUUUGGAAGGAAAUUGAAAAGAGCUUUGAUAAAGCAAAAGAGAUGGAUGCCUCUCUAAAUUAUGAAAGUUUAGCAGUAGGAAAAUUUAAGGAGAAAAUGAAAGAUGUUUUCGUUAAUCAUGAAGGUUUUAUACCACUGAAUGAUAUUAUAGACAUCAUUUCCUUAGAUGAUCUAUUAAAUGAAACUUUAGAGGUGAUUGAAAAGCAUGCCGCUGUAUUUAAGGAUUUAAGGAUUCCCCCGGAAAAGUUUAAAACUUUUGAAGUUGCCCGUUUGGAAGAAUCGUCAGUCGAUUAUCUGAAAGGUUUCAAUGAUGAAGAUGAAUUUGAGAAGAAGCAAAUUAAAGUUCACAGAUUUCCUUAUUUUAAAGCUUUAAAAUUUCUACAUUCCAUAGGAGAAGUUAUUCUUUUCAAGCGUUUUAAAAGAGACGAUUGGAUAAUAGUUGAUCCUAAGUGGUUAUCAAAAGCUUUUCAUAAAUUGAAUUCGUCAUCCAUUCAUUGUAAUGAUGAUGUUCAAGCAUGGCUAUAUUUUUUACAAAGAGAGACGAUCAUCUGUGAAAAUGCGCAAAGCUAUUUUUCCAAUAUAAAGAAUCCAUUUAUUAAAAACGGUUUGGAAAUUCUAAAAGAUAUUGGCGUUGUACUAGGAUUGUCGAACGAUGUUGUUAUAUUUUGUCAUAAUUUACCAAGUAUAUCGAGGAGAGAAGAAUAUAAUAAGGAUGUUGAAGGAUUAACGCAAAUAGACAUCUGCUAUAAAUGCGAAACAAACUUCACCGGAUCGGUUAGCUCCAUGAUUACUUAUUUAAUUCAUGCAGUUUAUGAAAUAAAACUGGGAAUUGUUACUUUUAUUGAAUUAUCUCAAAAGAGAGUUAUUUUCCAUUCUGGACCAGUUGAAGUGGACAUUCAUUUCGACGAGUCAAAUAUUUUGCUUUUAUCAAGAACCUUAGAUGUUGAUGAAGCUCCUUCGCUUUUAGCUAUAAUCUCAGCUGAAAUUUCUUUAUUGAUAGAGUACGCUUUGUUCAAAUCUUCAGUAUUCUAUUCGAAAAUAUUGACUACUCCUUGGGGCAAGAAACCAAAUGAACAGAAAGAAAAUUCGGAUUUUUUCGAUAAUAAUUUUAUUAGUCAAGGAAACGAAAAACUGUUUGAAUCAAUGGAAAUACGAUCAUUUGAUAGAUAUACAUUGAUUACCCAAAUGUAUAAGGAAUUGAAACCGUCAUUUUCUGAAGAGUUUACUCAAACUAAAACAAGAAGAUAUGGAAACUUAAUAUCAUUUCCAAGAAAGCUUUACUUAUCAAAUAUUAAUUCUAUAUCCUUUUCAAAUAUUGAAGGUGUCGAUGAGAAAGAGUUUUUUAAAAUUGAAAAAGAAGGUGAUGAGACGAUUUUCUCAAUUCGAAAAGAUUCGUAUUCAUUUCAAACUGGCUCUGGAGAAUAUACUAAAAGGAAAUUAUGUCUUCGGAAGUAUUCUACACUGGAAAUUAAAUUCAAAUUUCCGGUAUUUCUUCGCACUACUUCUAAAUUAAAUUUAAUGAUAUAUUUGAACAAGAUCCUUCUGGAAAGGAUAUCUAUUGAAAAUAUGGAAUACAGUAUUUACUUGAAUCAUAAGCUCACAUCGAUUGACUUUACAUACUUUCCAGAUAGACAGUUCAAGUCUUCAACUGAAAAAUUAAUGCCCGGAAUGAUCUUCAUUUCGAAAAAGAGACAAAUUUAUAUUAUUGAUGUAAAGGAAAAUCAAAUUUUGAUUAAGUACAACACAGAUAAAUAUCCCGAUUGGGUUGACUUUGACAGUUUUAAAGCCUUAGUACAAGAUGCUUCAAAAAGUUCAGAACUUGCACAGAAAAUUUCCAUUUUUCUAAAUAGGCCUUUUGCCUCUCCAAGUCUCAUUGAAAAAUUAAAGACAGCCGAUAGUUUCUCAUUAUUUCAACCCGAGGUAUUAAAUGAGAGAACUUACGACAAAAUUUCUAAACAAUACUAUCUGAAUAUGAACUUGAAACCUUUCUUAUCAUACAUCAAGAAUAACUCUCCAGAAAAGUUGAUAAGAGGAUCUUUUCUAAUUCCCAAUCAACUAGAAAAUAUUCCUCCAUUACUAAAGAAUAUGGUGGACUUAAAGUCGGCAUCUCUAUACCCAAUAUGCUCCGAUAGUUCAGAUUUUGCAAAACAGCCGAUGAAACAUAUAAUGCAAAAAUUUCCAAGAAAACUACCAAUUACAUCAGAUACAAUGAAAAAAAUUAUGAUGUUAAACAUAGCUCGUUUCCUAAGUCCAGAUAUGAUUGUAUCAGAAGAUUUCUACUUUUCCUUUCUCUUACCUUUGUUCGCUCAAUUGAAAAGUUAUUUCUGUAUUUUGGCACUGAAUACUGGAUAUACGAAAAAUUUAUCAGAAGAUAAUAUUGAAAUGAUGUUGAAAACCAUUGAAACGAAUAUGAAAGACCAAUUUCAACUUGAUGUAAAAGCUUGUGAUUUGCAUGUUAAAGUAAACUCACCUAAUGUUAGUUCAAGUAGUGUUUGGAAAACAAUUUCGGAUGACACGCUACUCUUUUUAACGCUAUCAAAUGUAAACGAGCAAUUUUAUCAAUCGUUCCAUAAAUCAGUCCAAACUUUAUUGACAAUAACAAUUGAAAAAAGUUCCUUAACUGAAUUUCCUCAAAGCAUAACUAAACUGAAAUAUCUUAUUAGACUUGAUAUUGAUGGAAUGCCAAUUAAUCAAUUACCGGACGAGCUAUCAAACUUAGUGCACUUGGAGAAAUUAUCAGUGAAAAAUAAUAUUUUCAGAGAAUUUCCGAGUGUUAUCUUCAAACUUUACAAUCUAAAAUCUUGUUUCCUGAAUUCUUUUCACUAUCCUUCAAUAAAAGGAAACGUAACCUUAAAGACCCUCAGCGAUUAUCGAGAAGAGUAUGAAGGAAUUUUUUCUGCUAUUAAUCUUACAAUGAAAGAUUUAGAAUCUUUGUUUUCAAGUUGUGCCAUAAAGAAUACUACUUAUAUCUAUGAUGCUGAUGAAAAAGCAGCAUUUUGUGCUAAACUCUAUAAAAAAAUACCUCAUAUGACUUCCUCUCCUCUUUCUCAGUUAAAGAAUGAAAUUUCUAUAGGAAAGCUUACUCACUUAGAUUUAUCGUACCAGUCAUUUAAAGUUUUAGAUGGUGGUAUUAAAUUUCUGAAAAGUUUAAGAUUCUUGGAUCUAUCGCACAACUUAGUCCUUGAGGAGAUCAAUCCGGAGAUAUGCUACUUACCUAUUCGAACAUUGAAAUUAAAUGGCUGUCCUUCGCUAAAAACACCACCAAGAGAAAUUGCUAGCAAAGGAGAGGCGGUUAUUAUGGGCUAUAUGAGAAGAUUACAUGAAGGAUCAGUUGAGUGUAGAAGGACAAAACUGAUGCUAGUUGGACUUGGAGGAGCCGGUAAAACUAGUUUAAUUCGCAAAAUGACACAAUCGGAAGAAGAUACAGAAUCGGAAGAAACAUUACCAGAUGUUACAGAUGGAAUUGAUAUUAAAACAUGGAAAAUUAACUCGAUAGAAUAUUCAAUAUGGGAUUUCGCAGGGCAAGAAGUAUAUUAUAAUACUCAUCAAUUUUUCCUAACGAAUAGGGCAAUAUAUUUUCUAUUGUGGAACAUGAGAAGUGGUUACGAACAUUCAGGAUUGAAAUUCUGGUUGAGUUCAAUAGCCUGUCACGCGCCAAAAUCCCCUAUUUUCAUUAUAGGCUCGCACGUCGAUGAGGUGGAAAUAUCUGAACUUCCUGUUGAAGACUUGAAAGAAUCAUUUCCACAAAUUUCAGGAUUCCAUUAUGUUUCUACCAUUAGUGGACAGGGUAUUCAAGAAUUGAUUAAUGAUUUAAUUACUGAAACAAUAAAGGAAAAGUAUAUGGAUGAGAAAAUACCUGUUGCAUAUCUGGAAUUUGAAAAGAAACUCAUUAAUGAAAAAAACAAGAAAAAUGCAGAUAACUUGUUAGACAUAGACAAAGUUUGUAAACUUGCAAACGAAUGUGGAAUAAUUGAUACAUGGGAGAUUUUUCAAGCCACUGAAUUCUUACACGAAUUAGGAUCAAUUCAACAUUUUCAAAAUGAGUUUCUUAAAUCUAAAAUUAUUAUUAACCCUCAAUGGAUUAUUGAUGUGAUGGCUUGUCUUAUAUCAGUUCGACAAAAUACCAUUAAAGACGGAAAACUACUGCAUCAAGAUUUCAAGAGGAUAUGGCCAAAGGAGAAAUAUCAGGAAGAACUACAUACAUGGCUUCUAAAACUAACAGAAGAGUUUGAUUUAACGUUUCCACUCAAAGGUGAAAAAGCGAGCCUGAUUCCAUGUUUACUAACAAUAGAUGAACCAACGUCCUUGGAACAAUUCUUUAAAAGCCAGCUGUCAGACAACGAAAUUCGAACAAAAAUGGUUUUCAAUUUUGACUAUCUCCCCUCAGGUUUAUGUAACAGAGCUCAGGUUCGUCUCUAUCAGUUCAGUGAUGAUACAAACAUGUGGAAAAAUGGUUCGUUUCUUGUGAAAAAUCGCCAUAGAGGAGUUUUAUUGAAAAAUGAUGAGCAUACAAUAGUUAUAGAUGCACGAGGACCUCAACCAGAUAAUAUACUUUUCCUUGUUUAUGAUAUAUUCAAAAAUCUUAUCCAAGAAACAUUCGUCGGAGUGAAAUACGACUGCUAUAUCUCCUGUAAAGAAUGUAUUCAUCAGGGUUCAACAGACCCUUGCCUUAUACCCUACACAAGAAUAAAAAGGGCUAUAGAUUUGAAAAUUCCUUUCCUCCAAUGUACCGAUAAUUUCCACACACUUUCUAUUACUGAACUCAAAGGAAUGCUUCCUCCAGAAACGACAAGCGAUUUCGAUUUCCAUUUGGAAAAUGAUGUAAGAAAUCUAAGAAAGCUACGUUCACAGUUCGAUACAUACGUUGUAUUCUUAUUCUCAUCGAAAGAUUUAAACAAUCAGACGUUUGAAAAUACAUUCAAAAUUAUAUCAAAUGAAAUCAAGAAUUCCGGAGUCUCAAUCAAAAUGGUGGACGAAAGCUGCGAGUCGAAUAUUCAGAAUACAAUUUUAACAUUGAAAGAAGCUAAAGAUAUUCUAUUUUUGAUGUCGGAUCAUUUUCUCAAAAGCCGAAUUUGCAAAGAACUUUUUCUAUAUUCAAAAAAACAAUUAAAAGUAAAAACUCAAAUUGUUCUCAUGGAGAAAAGUGACAACUGGAAGAAAGAUAGCGACGUCGGAAUGCUCUGCGCAGAUGACUUGUAUAUCAACAUGCAAAAUCCACAAAAUGUGAAAAGCAAGCUGGUAGAUUUGAUGUGCUCUCUUUCCUCUCUGUCAAAGAGCUAUCGCGCCAAGAAAAGAAAGACCGCCUCUUGUUUUAUCAGCUAUUGUUGGAGCAAUUCUGAAGAGGCAGUUGAAAAGGGUACGAAACGUAAAGAAGGAGCUAUUGGGAAGGUUGACCCUCGCCGCAUCAAGAAACUACUAGAAGGAGAAGGUAUUAGCUGUUGGAUGGAUAUUGAACAGGUUGGUCAGACUGGACUGAUUCAAGAUAUUACAGAAGGUUUAAAGAGUGCAAAAGUAGUCAUUGCAUGCGUCUCCGACGAAUACGUUACUUCGAAAAAUUGCCAAAUGGAAUUUCGUUUCGCAGCAAUGACUCUUCGAUUGCCAAUCAUUAUUGCAGUUGUGGGAACGGGUCUAAAUUGGAUGAGAUCCGAGAUAGGAAUGCUAUCGAUGGAUUAUCAAAAAGUGGAUUUGCAAUAUUGUGAAGACAAUGAUAAUGAAAUUUUAAAGUUUGUUAAAGAACAUGUGAAAUUUGAAGAAGACGAAGAAAAAGAAGAUAAUAUAAGCGAAACAAAUAUAGACGAAUCUAAUACCAAAAUCAAGUUAAUUGAAUUACUAGAACUAAUACAGAGGAAAUUUCUAAAGAAUGUACUUUCUAUUCACGAUCAUCAUAGUGUUAGAGGUUUACCACACCUUCCUAUUUUAGACUUGGAAGAAGGAUCAGAAAAUGAUACAGUAUUGGGAUAUAGAUUCGUAUUUCUAUGUGAAUGUGACGAAGGAUGGCAUCUUCCGGAAAAUUUCAAAUCUUUAAAAUGGAAUGUUUCACCUGACGAUGAAAAAACUACUGAAAUAAUAAAGACUUGGUCACCUUAUCUUGCAAGAGUUUAUACUCUUCUAAAGGAAACCGAUAUUCCUUUAGUAGCUUUAAAUUCGAAUAUAGGAAGUACUCUGCUUGAAAAAAUUACUAAUAGUUGUUCUCUAUUUGAGGAGUCAGAUAAUGACCAAUUUUCAAAAGCCUACAUAUCCUUAAUUGAAAAGGCAAAUGACGAAACAAAUCAGGCAUACUUUUGUUCGAAUGAAGCUUAUUUGAAAAAGUGUCAGAUGGGAUUUGGAAAUAAAAUGUGGUUAUGUGCUAAGCAUCAAAAACAGCCUAGAGUUAGAGUACUAGACGGUAACGUAAAUAUGGAUUCUUCUAACAUUUUUGAUAAAUAUUAUGAAGAUAUGUUAGAGAACUUUUUAGAAGAUAAAAAAGAAACAAGUGUGGUAAAUGAAAAUACCGCUGAAAUAGUUGGUCAUUCUGAAUCUUUUGUGGAAGAAAAUAUAGAGUUAAAUGCAAAAUCAAAUGAAUUCACAACAGAACGAAAAACUAGUCGAGCAUGUGUUGUGUCUUGACACAAAAUCACAAACCGACGACGAAGACAACAUGAGAAUACAUCAUAAAACUCAUAUGAGUUUAAAAGAUCUAUGCCUCAAUGACGACCUAGCCACAAGUAUGCUCAUAGAUCCUAUUAUUGGUUUUGAAACCCGAAAGAUGAACGUCGUCGAGUAAGUUAACAAUUUCUCAUAUAAAGCAUUUUUAACAAUAAUUUACAAACAAAUUACGCAUACGUCUUUUGCUCUACUUGUAAACUGAUAUCGAAAGAUAAAACGGUGUAGUUAACUUUUGUCUCUGAAAAAAAAGAUGGAAAAAAAGAGAAAUAUUAAAUAUUUAGAAAAAAAAUUAUCCAAAUGGAAAUGUUAAAAUGUUUCUUUUUUUGUUUAAUCGUUUGUUUUUCUUAUAUAUAUAUCUAUAGUUAAAUUAGCUCUGAAAAGAAACUUUCAUGCUUUUCUAUUCCCUUCCCUUUAUCUUCUUUUCAAUAUAGUUGAUAAAAAAAUU